GAUAAACAAAAGGGCAGCAAAUGUUAAUGUCGCUGUUAAGAAUAAAACAGCUGACAGCAUUUCUGUGUGUACAGAAUUCGUGAACAAGAGAAAAGUUGUAUGAACACCGCUUUUGACCAGCAGAACGAACACGCUUAAUAAAUAACACAAAAUAGUUGUAUGUAUAAAAAAUAUAUAUGCUAAGGGCGUUGAUUGUAUGCGAAACUCGCUUCAUAGAUUCGCAGAAUAUUGUUCAAAAUGAGUACAACGCGUCCCUUCUGUUUCGUUUGUGGGAAGAUGAAGUCUGUUGGCGUCUUUCAGCUCAUCGAAGGCUGCAUCGUACCUGGCACAUUUAAGCCCAUUAAGGACAUACUGAAAUACUUCGAAAAGGUUAUCAAUCAACGCUUGGAUCUGACGCCAACAUCGGCUGCUUGUAAUGAUUGCCUCGAAUAUUUGUUCAAUUAUGACCGGCUGGUUCGAAAUCUAAGUCAAGUUCAGCGACAAAUUGCAAACUCGUUGCUAAAUUGUCGCAAAAGGAAAGCGGCGAUUUUGCAGACUAGAAAAGAUGCCAUAAAACCAAGAUUGCAUGAAAUGCGUACAAGAAUCUCGGAUAACGAGUCGAAAAUCGUUAAAGAGGAACCAGAAGAAUACGCGUCCUGCGAAGAGCCACAGGCAGAAUGCCAAUUUAGCGAGAGCGAAGAGAGCAUGGACGAUUCGGAUGGGGAAGAUAAUCUAGAUAUUCCAUGUCACAUAUGCGGCGAAUUGUUCGCAAAUCAGGAUUCCCUCGAAAGGCACAUUAAAACGGACAACUGCCAAAAGAACGAAUUUGCCACCUGCAACAUAUGCGGCAUUAAAGUUAAAAAUGAUGAAGUCCUCGAUCUCCACAUGAACCUGCAUGAGGGCAAAACCGAGCUGGAGUGCCGCUACUGUACGAAAAAGUUUUCGCACAAACGCAACGUUCUGCGCCACAUGGAGGUGCAUUGGGACAAAAAGAAAUAUCAAUGCGAGAAAUGUGGCGAACGCUUCUCAUUGUCCUGGCUAAUGUACAAUCACCUAAUGCGCCACGAUGCCGAGGAGCAUGCCCUCAUCUGUGAGGUCUGCCAUCAGCAGUUCAAAACGAAGCGCACCUACAAACAUCAUCUGCGCACCCAUCAAACAGAUCGGCCGCGCUAUCCAUGCACAGACUGCGAAAAGUCCUUUGUGGACAAAUAUACAUUGAAAGUGCACAAGCGCGUGCACCUGCCAGUCGAGGCAACACAGUCUGCAACAGAAAGUCACACAAUCAACCAAACAACCUAAUAAUGUACAUUUCAGUUGCUUCGUUUCAACUAGAAAGCAAAUAUGUAUGGUUUAAAAAAAUAUAUAUAUAUAUAGGUUAUUAAAUAUGCUGCACUUGUAAUGUGUCUAAAGAACAUAACAACAUAAGCUGCUUAAGAAAUAAUCUGUAUAAAGACCUUUUUUAGCUAAUAAUAUUUAUACCUAAAUUACAACGUUCGUGUGAACGAGCAUAUAGCUUGAA